AUGGCUCAAAAUGUUUCCAGAAAAACAAUCAACGAAUUUGUUAUCACAGGAUUUGAUAAUUUUGAAAAACCAGUAAUUCUUGGAAUUGUCAUACUUACUGUAUACAUUCUUGUAAUGCUUGGGAACCUGGCAAACAUAUGCUUUAUUGUUAUGGAUAAACAUCUACACCAGCCAAUGUAUCUCUUCAUUUGCAAUUUAGCAAUAGUAGACAUGCUCUAUUGUACAUGUUCAUGUCCAACUAUGAUAGGGAACCUUUUAGUUGGCUUUAAAACUAUAUCUUAUGUACCAUGCAUUAUUCAGAUGUUUGUGUUUGGUUUAGGCUUUGUGAUGGAGGUGUUUACUAUUUCUGUCAUGGCUUUUGACCGAUUACUUGCCAUAAUCAAGCCACUGCGCUACCCUUCAAUUCUGACAAAUGUUCGUUCUGUUAUUCUCACUUCUUUCUUGUGGAUUCUAGGUACUGCUAUAGUAGCUGUCCUGCCUGGAACUGUUAUUUCUCUACCAUUUUGUUUCACAACACUUAAAUUCUUGUUUUGUGACUAUGGAUCUGUUGUCAGAGCCACUUGUGUAGAUCCUAACCCAUAUUUUGAUUUGAUGGCAAUUUUAACUUUUUUUCUGCUGUUUGGGACAUUCAGUUUCAUCUGUGGGUCUUACAUAAUGAUAGUUAUUGUUGUUGUCAAAAUGACCUCAAAAGGUAGCAAGAAAAAAGUGUUUAACACAUGCUUUAGUCAUUUGAUAGUUGUAGUGUGCUAUUAUGGCCCUACUUUUAUUAUAACCAUUUUAACUAGAGCAGGUAUAGUUCUCACAAUAGAGGAGCGACAUGGGCUCAGAAUUGGCACCAUUCUUGGUCCAUCCUUAGUAAAUCCUUUCAUAUAUUCUUUUAGAACCAAAGAGAUCAGAGACAAAAUCUUGAGAAUUGUGUCUAAAGUUGGACCAACCAAAGAAUAAUGUGGGGGAAAAUAUGCUGUUUUUACUUUUUUUAACACUUACAUAAAGAGUGAGUAAAGGCUCAUAGACCCACAAAGCAUAUACAGUGUAAAAGCAGGAGUGUGUGUCUGUGUAGUAUUCUGAACUGAUGUCAGUCAGUAAUCUUCAUGAAUGACCUAUUUAACUUGGAAUUAUGGUUUAUCAGAAUUUAGAUUAGAUUUAGAACAGAUUUUAAUUCUGCUCAUAUCUGUUAAUAUUUAUAUGAAGCUAAGCAUGUAAUGCAAAAGAAUGAUUAAUUUGUGUAUAGUGCAAGCAUACUGGAUGUGUUUCUCAAACAAAUAAACACAUUUUCUACCUCAGAACUGUAUAGACACUUAACUCAUAUAUUCAAGCUGCAGAUUAAUUUUCUACGGGCAGAUGAGUAUGUAAGG